AGUAAACAAAGAAAAAAAUGUCAAAGGCUUCUUUUCUUAGAGAGUACAAGAUAGUUAUUGUUGGUGGUGGUGGUGUCGGAAAGUCUGCUCUUACUAUACAAUUUAUUCAAUCUCACUUUGUCGAUGAAUAUGACCCAACUAUUGAAGAUUCGUAUCGCAAGCAAUGUGUAAUUGAUGAAGAAACUGCUUUGCUCGAUGUCUUGGAUACAGCUGGUCAAGAAGAAUACAGUGCUAUGAGAGAGCAGUACAUGAGAAACGGAGAGGGAUUUAUUCUGGUCUAUUCAAUCACUUCUCGUCUUUCAUUUGAAGAAGUCAACACUUUCUAUCAACAGAUACGACGUGUCAAGGAUCGUGACUUUUUCCCUAUGGUUCUUGUCGGAAACAAAUGUGAUUUGGAGAGCGAUCGACAAGUAUCAAGUCAAGAAGGCAGGGAUUUAGCCAAGAGUUUUGCAUGCCCCUUUAUCGAGACAUCUGCCAAACAACGUGUGCAUGUUGAUGAUGCAUUUUAUGAAGUUGUGAGAGAGAUCCGUCGUAUGAAUAAGGAGCAAGAAGGCAGAUCAAAAGCAGGUCAGAGAGAAGCAUUUGAAAUGUCAGACAACACGAAUAGUGAUAGCUGCUGUGCUUGUAUUUUGAUGUAACAUUGAUUUCCGGGGUUUUCCAGCCAUUUUACCUUGGAUUUUAAUUCUCUAUUUAUCUCUCUUACUAUUAUCUAUUAUAUUUCUUAAAUUAUGAAUGCAACUUAUAAGGUAUAUCUUGUCUACCUUAUUUGUAUUGUUGGACAAAAAAAAAGAAAUAAUGUUUAUUUGCUGACAUGCAUGAUAUCAAUGUUUUGACUUUCUUACACAUAACAAAGAAUGAGUAAUUACAUUCAAGACAUAUUGUAUUCUGGAUAACUAUCUUGUCCCCUUUUUCACCCCUCAACCUGUCA